AUUUAAUGCAACAUAAAUGGCCACCUAAAAAUUUCAUAUCGAUAAUAUUUCCGAUCGAAAUAAGUAAUUCACUGAGGUCCUGGUCAUGAAGACUUCCUAGCUAUCAACAUGGAUGGCUUCGUAUUUGACCUCGACAAAGUCCUUGAUGAUUUUGAAAUGAAUGAGGAUACUGUCCCCGUACCAGGAAGUGGUGACAAAAAGUUCAGUCAAGAUUAUAUCAAUUCUGUGAAAGACACAAUCAAUCCGUAUGCUGCAAUUGUUCCCUCAGCCAGUAUGCCCCUGGGUGGUGGCGUGCCCAUUGAACAAAAUGACCUGUCAACUCCUACAAACACACAGCCAUUUACAUCUCUAAUGUACGACUCCCCGUAUGAUUCUCCAGACAGAAUCGACAUGUCUGAAGCUGAUUUUGGACCAUCUCCCAUUGCACCAAAUGUAAUGCCGCUUACAGGUCCCAGCGCCGAUUCAAAUGAGCCACAUAUUAGACAUAUGACAGAUAUCAGUUGUAUACCACAUCUGGCAAGUGCUGAUAGUGCUACUAUUCCUCCACAUCAACCCGAUGUUGUGUCGAGCACGAUGAACUCUGCAAAUGUCAAAACAAAUAACCUCUCACUGAUGGAUAAUGUUAAACCCACACAUAAUGCUGCUGAUAUGAAUAUAAUAGAACCACAGCAGCAUUCCUUAGAAAGACUGCACUCCAUAGAGAAUAACACAUGUCCUGCUCAGGUUACAACUCCUCAUGCUAACAUAUCCUAUGCACCUGCCAUCCCAAGUGAAUCAAGUCAGAGUACUGCUACAUCAAUGGCAUCAACAGCCCAAAUAGAUCCAGGAUCUACACAUGAAGAUAUAAAAACAAACUUGCAUCAUAAGGAUACUAAUCCAGAUGUAAAUGAGUCUACUGCAUUAGACACUAAGCAAGAGUGUACAGCAUUAUCACAGGAAAGCUCAGAUACCAUAGGAAUGGAAAACACACAAAAGCCAGUCAUUCCACUCAACCAACAAAAUGAUAAAGAAAGCAUACAAAGCCCAGUCAUUCAAGAAAUGGACAAUUCAUUACCCCCUUUUACUCAAGAAACGCAAAGAUCACCAGGCCCUAUUAGAGAAAGUUUGGCUGAUGAGAUUUCAAAGGCUAUUGGUACCUCAGCUCACAAUCAAGUGCAAUUAGCUACUAAUGAACUGAAUAAUGCUGCUGUAAUGGAUAACAACACUGUCAGCAUUCAAUCAUAUACGACUAACUCCGAAGCUAUCCCUGCUCUUGAUCAAUCAGAAGACAGCACAAAACCUCUGAAUGAGGCCCUAAGUGACUCAUUGGAGAGUGAGUUGAGACAUUUGGAAGUGACUGGGUUUAAAAGUGAAGAUAUUGUUGUAACUGAAAGUGAAUUGGAUGCACUACUGGAAGAAAGCAAUAAUGAUAUACAAAGUCAAAGUAAGACUGAUAUUUCAGUUUCUUUGAAUCAAUCGGAGUCUGAAUUUUUAAAUGUGACUUUGGGUCAAGGUGAAAGUAGACCAAGUUUACCAGUUAUAGGUUCUAAUGCAAGUGCUCCACUUUCAAGCCUAUCGGGAGAGGUUGCCCCAGGUUUGUUGACAAAUGACAUUCUCAAUUCAGUCUCAUCUGGUGCCAGUAAUAAUAUACCUAAUGUUACAACUACAACACCCAUUUUGGGAGAUAUAAAAAAUGCUCAUACAGCUAAUUCACCCCAAGUAAUUGAACAUUCUAGUGUAAAUUGUUCAAAUGAGUCAGUCAGUUCUGCACCUUGGUCAGCUAACAGAUUGGGCCAGGACAUUGGAUCAAUGGCUGUAUCUCGAGGAAGCUCUGCACAGCACGGGGGAUCAUCAGAGUCUGCUGUCACAUCCCCAGUCUCUGUACCUAGCCCUUCACUAGGGGUAACAUCAGUAUCAACUCAGCCUCAAGCCAGCCCUCAGUUGGGAAUUGGUGCUAGACCUAAAGAACCAGUCAAUAAACAUCAGCGGCCAAACAGCUUACUUGGAUUGUCAACAGUGCCAUUGGAUAACAUGAACACUGAAGCAAUUGCUAAUAUAGCAAACCAAGAUAACAGAACAAAUGAUGAAACAACUGCAACAACAUUGCAUAAUGUCAGUGAUUCUUACCCUAGCCAAGUUAGUCAGUCCAUGCCACCUCCCAUCGGGCAAGACCCUCCGCCCUAUGCUAAAGUGAACCCCAAUCCACAGAAUAAGAGCAAUAUGAAUCCUGUUCAGCAAAAUAUUGUGCAACCAAUUCCUCAACUUCCUAUAUCACAGGAUAUACCAGUUUCCCAUGGAAUGCAAAUAGAAACCCCAGUCCAACCUGCAGAUUUACCUGGACAAGCUCCAUCCCCAAAUAACCCUGUUGAACCUGUUGCUUUAAGCAGUACUCCAGAAGUUCAGUCAACAGGUUUGAUCAGUGCAGAUGCGACUGAACAGCACUCAGCUACAGUUGAACCUAGAAUUGAAGGGAUGGAUACCUCCUCAGCUGCAGCUAUACAAGGGCUAUCUGCAGUAACCAGUGCCAUGUCCCUAGUGGAUCCCAACAUACUCACUGUAUCUACCGGAGCCACACACACACUAACUGAAGAAGAACAGAUGGCUAUAGCUCAACUCUCCCCUGAGUCACAAGCAAAAAGAAAGAGACCAACCAGUCUCAGUUUACCACCCAGAGAAUUUUCUGCACCCCCUGAAAAGAAAGCAUCCCCUUCCCAGGAGUCUGAGAGUUCCAUAGAGGAUCCUGGUUCUGUAGGACCUCCCCCUGCCCAAAAUAUUGCAGAGCCACUAACAGAUUUUCUGGAUGGUGCUGGACUGGAAAGUGUAGGCUUAGACCCAACAGCUAUUAGACUGGGGAAGGUUGCUCCAUUUUGGAUUCCAGACAAUGAGGCUACCAAAUGUAUGAACUGUGACUCAAAAUUUACCUUCACUAAACGGAGACAUCACUGCAGAGCAUGUGGCAAGGUGUUGUGUUCAUUGUGUUGUAAAGACAAGACAAAGCUUAUAUACAUGGACAAUAAAGAGGCCAGGGUCUGCCAGAUGUGUCAUACAACCAUCAAUAAAGUUCAAGCAUUUGAGAGACUCAAUGCAAACAGACCAAGGCCUGACCCUAACAAGCCAAGUGAAUACUGUUCCACGAUCCCUCCCAUUGAGCAGGCUCAAGCUACAGGCCAUCUGAAUGCCCCACCACCAACUGUAAUGGUACCUGCCCCAGCAGUAGAUGAUGCACAUCAUGGUGUCAGUGGUGUGCUCAAGAGAGAAGGAAGUCAAAAGAAAAGCGAGCCAAAACAGGUAAUGUUUUCUGAUGGCAUCCGUCCUGGUGGAGAUCUAGCGGAACUUGACGGCUCAUCCGCUAUUCCCACUAGGCGACCAAUGAGAGCACAGAAGAAGGUGGAACUGCCAUCUAUUGUUUCAGCAGCCGGGGAAGGAGAUCCGCCAAAACCUAAAGCAAAAACUGUUAAAAACCCUGUGAAUCAAACAAGAUGUCUGAUCCCUCAGGGGGGAAUCCCACCAUUUGUGACUGGUGCUAAUGGUACAGGAGACUUGUCCAUUGAGGACAGACCAGAUAUUGACCAAGUCAUGAAAAUAAUACUAGAUGAAGAGAACCCAGAACCUGCAAUGUUUGCCAUUAACAAGAAUCUGUUUGUCCUCGUGAAGCUGCUGAACUUGAGUUGUUGUGUAAAGCGAACAUGUUGGUGCUUUACCACCAGGGGGCUCUGUACUGUGGGGCAAGAAGAGCUUGUUGUCGUUUUAGAGUCACAGCCUAAUGAGACUAAACUCCCAAAAGACAUAUUUGCUUACAUCAACACUAUGUAUGAAAAUGCAAGUAAAGGAAACACCGUGAGUUUCCUUGACAACACACUAUUCACAGAACCAUUCCUAGACAGCCGAGAUCACGCUGGCUUCAUCUACAUCAGACCAACCUUCCAGUGUCUCAACAAGCUGAUUCUUCCUCAGCAGCCAUAUCUCUUUGCUCUCCUCAUCCAGAAGUGGGAAACACCUUGGGCAAAGGUGUUCCCUCUUAGACUUAUGUUGAGACUUGGGGCAGAAUACAGAUACUACCCAUGUCCUCUGAUCAGUGUGCGUCACCGCAAGCCUGUGUUCGGGGAGAUCGGGCACACCAUAAUGAACCUACUUGCAGACUUCAGGAACUUUCAAUACAUGCUUCCGAAGGUAAAGGGUGUCACAAUACACAUGGAGAACAAACGAACAUUCAUCAACUUCCCAAGGAAUAGAUAUGAUGAGAUAAUGAAGAUAGUCAGUAACAGUAAUGACCAUGUAAUGGCACUGGCUGGCAACUUCAGCCUCGACGCUGACUCCCAUCUGGUCUGCCUCCAGACAGAUGAAGGAAACUACCAGACUCAGGCCAUUAAUAUACAGAAUAAACCACGCAAAGUCACUGGUGCUAGUUUUGUGGUGUUUAAUGGUGCUCUGAAAUCAGCAUCUGGAUUGACCGCCAAGUCGAGCAUUGUGGAGGAUGGUUUGAUGGUUCAGAUCAGUAGCGAUCUUAUGAUAGCUAUGAAGCAUAACCUUAGGGAAAUGCAGGACUAUACCAUAGGAUGUGGGGCUAUAGGGGCACAGGAGCCUGAGGAGAUUGUUAUGUUACAGUGGGUGGAGGAUGACAAACAGGUCAACAUUGGUGUGAAGAGUUCUGUAGACAACAUGUCCCUAGACGGUGUAGAGAGUCUUCAUAUACAUAACAGUACAGAUUAUGUAGGUGAUGGCAAGACAAUACGCUGGACUGAGGUAUUUUUCCUGAAGAAUGAGGAGUCGGGUGGACAUAGGGGGGAGCCAGUAGACUUAAGUAGACUAGCAGAGACCCUGGCAUCAGCCACCUGCCUUGCCCUGGCCCCCUAUCUGAGCAAACUAAAGGAAGCAGGCAUGACUAAGUUAGCGCUCAGAGCUACUAUUGAUAAUGAUAAUGUUGGAUAUGAAGCAGGUUCUAAUGGUGAGAAAAUGCAGACUACAUAUAUGAAUGCUUUAGAUAAUGAGUUGAUUCCAGUCAUACACAAUGCUGGUUCUCAGAGUCAGGAUGGACCAGUCAGUUUGGAGUUGGUCUUCUAUGUUUUAGAUUAGCAAUAAUACAUUCUUUAUGAUACAUUGAAAUGUACAUAUAUUUAAAGGACAAACACUCCCCAUCAUAAGUUUGGAAACUCCUUCCCCAUUGUGUCAUUAUUACUACAUUAGUAGUACUUUACAGUUAACAUUUUUUAUCUCCAAAACAGUCAUUGAUUAAAUUUCUUUAGCGGAGUUCAAAGAAAGGUGUCAAACUUUUUGAGGGGAGUGUUGACUGAGUACUAUAUAGUACAGUAUAUAUAGUUUAGGCCGAUUGAGCCAUUAUGUUCUUGUAAAUUCUAAAUUAUAUAAUCUUAUUUUGCAUUUUUAAUUGUAAUUAUUGAGUUGUUUGCAAUUGAAUUAAGUUUAUUACUAGAUUUAAUUUAUUACAGUUAAGUCAUUCAUGCUUGUACAAGGGGUGAUCAAUAAAUAAAGGACGCUUAUAAAAAGUAUCUGUGUAAAAAAGCGUCCAUUACUUAUUGAUCACCCCUCGUACAAUUCAAUUAGCAUAGAGAUAGCAGAUUGUAGCAUUU